AUGCCUUCAAAGGUUCCAAGGGCAACGUUGGCUCAAAAGGUGCAAGUUCUUGACUACUACCACCAGUCAGAGAGUCCGCAGUUGAAAACCGUGGAUAGAUUCAAAGAGGAGAUCUCGAUUUCUACAUCCUCGUUGAGCGAGUGGUUGAAAAAUGAACAGGAGUUGCGUCGACGGUUUGCCCAAGCGGACUUUAAAGCCUCAAAGAAUAGUAGAAGAAAGGCAACCUUUAAAUAUGAAAAGAUAAAUAGCGCGAUGGACAAGCUUGUUCAGGAAAAAAUGCUAAAAAAUGAAGCUAUUACUGAACCGAUUCUUCGUAAACAUUGGGCUAUAUAUGCGCAAAAGUACGGAGUCGAUGAUCCUAAACGGUUGCAUAGUUUCAGUCACGGAUGGUUGAGUCAGUUUAAAAAGCGUCAUGGAAUAAAAAAGAAUCGCAUCCAAGGGGAAGAGCAGCAACCACUCAAGGAGUUGUCGCAUGAAAGUCACGACUUUGAAUCGCAUGAGGAACAACCUCUGGUUUUACUGCUGCUGCUGCUGCUGGCUCUGCUGCCGCCGCCGCCGCCGCCGCCGCCGCCGCAACAGCCACAAUCGCCGCAGAACAAGCAGCAAAACACACCGCCCAAAGAGCCCAGUACUUCCAGCAUUACCAUUGUUCCCGCCACUACCAUUGCUACCACGGCGCCCACCACCUCUGUCGCCGCGCCACCGUUUCCAGUUUCUGUGCCCAAGAGCUACUUGGCCGAGGUGGAAGUGGAAAAGUUUAUAUUCGUCACUGCAGAUAAGUUCUUUCUCAAUCACCAAGAAUCAUGGGAGUACCAUCGAGUGAGAGAUGAUGAUGAUAAUAAUGAUGAUAUUAAUGAUGAUGAUGAUGAUGAUGAUGAUGAUGACAAUUUACAUUAG